AUGUCGAACUUAUCAAAACUCGAAUUCGUCGCACUUGACAUCUCGGGAAAUAACUACCUUCCAUGGACUCUUGAUGCAAACAUUCAUCUGACAGCAAAUAAUCUAGGGGCGACAAUUAAUGAUGAGAAUCAAACCUCCGCUCAAGAUAAGGCUAAGGCCAUGAUAUUCCUUCGUCACCAUCUUCACGAAGACUUGAAGAGGGAGUAUGUUACUGUUGAGGACCCUCUCGAGUUGUGGAAAAAUAUCAAAGAAAGAUUUGACCACGAGAAGGUCUUGCUCCCUAAAGCUCGCUAUGAAUGGCUUCAUUUGAGGCUACAAGAUUAUAAAAGUGUUAGCGAGUACAACUCUACCCUUUUCCGCAUCACCUCUGAGCUUAAAUUAUGUGGUGAAAAAAAGAACCGACGAAGACAUGCUUGA